UCAAUACGAGCGGUGAGCAGUAGAUACAUGGUACCUUCUCGUAUGAUAUACGGUUGGGGGGCCACCUGCGACGUGCAGUAUUGUACAGGAUGGCACCAAAACCAGUCCGAGUUCAAAAUCCAGUCGUCUCCUCCUCCCUACCUCAGGCGUGAGCGGAAUCGACAUCUAGAUCCAGCCGCCGCCGAUGAAGCAGGUCCAUCGUUCUCCCUGUCCUCGCCUCCGCUGCCUCUGCUCGUCCGUGCGUCGACAAGAUCUGGGGAAGAUCUGAGAUAGCUUCUCCAUGGCGGCCACCAAGGAUUUAUUGAUCUGCUACUCAGUGGUCGGGCCUCGCCAGUCGCCACGCCGCGUGCUCUUCCGGCGUCAAGGGAGCUUCACAGCUUCGCUCUUCAGUAUCGGAGUCGGGCUCGCUUGACUGUUGCGCCAAGUAUGGGGAUGAGCGACGGCGACCCGAGGUUCAGUGAAGUUCUCUCUGGUCGAUUCACAUCGAUGGCGUCUUUUAUCAUUCAGAUGUCGCCAUGGCGUAUUCCGGACGGCCGUGGCAGCAGCCGAGACAAGGUGGUCCCCGUAGCCAGCGUGCCACAUGGGCAGGCAGCCGUGUCCAUCAUGGAGCCGCAAUUCAUCUUUGUUUACCUCCUCGACUCCAUUCUCUUGAUAUGGGAGCAUUAUUGUCUCCACCUUGGCACUAACCCGAGGCUCUUUGUUGAUUCUGUCCAGGCCCAAGUAGAUUUGCACAUCUUCAUUCCUGGGAUUUUCUGCUUGAUGCAUCUCCUCCUGGUCACUGUGAUUUUUUGUGUCGUAGCACAAAGUUUGCAUGGCAGUACUUCUUUGGGCCCUGCCAAAGAAUACUGCCUUGGAAGCCAUUAGCCACCGCUGGGACCAGAAAAUCCAUUCUCAGUGUGGCUGCGCUUACCCUACUGCGUCACCGCGAGGAUUGUGCUGGAGCUACAUCUUGGGCGGUGGCGACUGGAGGCUCCCAUGGAUCUGGGUUCUACAUUUUCCUUUAUUUUUAGAUCUGGGCCCACAUUAUUUCACAGCCUCCGGUCUUUGUCUCGGUUUUACAUGGCGGCCACCAUCGUCGUCCUCACAUAUUUUCUGGCUGCCGGAGGAUUUCAGUAGUAGAAAUUUAAACUAUUGAACAGCUUUGCCACUUUCAGUUGUAGAACUUUCUAAACAAGUUAGCACUCUGUUGUUGCAGGUCUAUUUAGUUAGUGCUUCGGAUUGUUAGGACAUGAGUUUGCUGCAACACCCGUGGAUGAUUAGCCUACAUAUUAAGUCAUUCCAUUAGGUGUGCUCAUUACACCUAUAUCUAUGUUGUUAUAUGUAACUCACCAUUAGAGUGUAGUUUCUAAAUAUUCUGCUCCAAAGUGAUGUGUUGUUGCUGUUAUAAGUCAGAGGAUAUUUUUUGCUCA